AUGUCAACCAUCUCCAAUCAAUCUCAACCACGAAGGGUUGCAAGACGUGCUUGUCUAUCGUGUCGAGAGAAAAAAAUAAAAUGUGACGGAGAACCAAUGAUAACUGUCACUGGUGCUGAUGGAACUAAUAAAAUAAUCCCGGAAAGAACUAGAACUUGCUCCAAUUGUCGUUUUUUAGAUAUAGAAUGUGUCUUUGUUCAAAGUAAUAGAGGUGGGAAAAGAAAGAAACGAGAUCCCGACAGUACAGAUUUAGAUCCCGACAUAAAAAAAUCAAAAUCAUUACAUUUAAACCAAUAUGAUCACGAACAAUCACAAGCAUCUCCACCGGCACAACAGCAACAAAAUAACGAUGUAUCAUCAUCAGCAGAAAGACUCAGUUCCUAUAUUUCAGAUGGGAAAAUACCCAAAAAACUACCUUCUCCUGUAUUUAGUCAAGCAACAUUGGAUUAUCAAAGACUGGACCCUUAUAAGCAAAACCAAUUCCCAAGAUCUGUUUCUUCAUUUUCAAGUCUACUGGGACCUUCUGGAACUUUAUUACAGCUUCCGAAUCGUGCAUUUUCGGAGAGAUCAAACUCAAUAAACUACUCUGGCCUUCCUCCUUUCCCACCACAACAUUUAGGCUCAUCCAAUUCAAUAGGACAUUUGCCUAGUAUUACUCAAACUUCUCCUCAUCAACAACCACACCCCCCUCCACCACCAAAACCACAUUCAGGAUCCAAUAAUUCUCAUCAUAGUCCUCAUCUACCUCAUCCUCCUCCUCCUCCAACAACGUCCCUGCAUCAUAGUAUGGAAGAACCCCCACGAGGACCACCCCCUCCAUUACCUCCACAUUUACUUCAUCAUUAUUAUGGAUAUCCACCUCCACCUCCUCCACCACAUAUGCAUCAUCCACCAGGAUUUGGGUUCCCACCACCACCGCCGCCUCCAGGAAUAGCUGGUGGACCACACCCUCCACCACCUCCAGGACAACCAUAUCAUUAUGGUCCUCCACCUCAGGGUCCUCCACCACAUAUGAACCAUCAAUAUGAGCGUCAUCAUAGUCAUCACCAUCACCAUCACCAUCAGCAUCUUCGCAAUCAUCUGGGAAGUCAUAGAAGCCAUUCUAAGAAUCAUUCGACGUACGAUAAUGAAUCAAGUAGAAGCAGAGGACCCCCACUGCCACUGCCUCCAAGUAAUCUAUCCAGAUCUUCCCUGUCAUCAUCGUUGUCGAAUCCUAAUGAUGUAAGUAUGGCAGGAUCAUCCGUGAAAAUUUCUAACGCACCUCAAAAACCAAUUUACAUGGAAACUCCACUGGUAAAAUUACCACCACCUCCACCAAAUGAAAAGAAACUAACAUUAGAUGCGCCAUUCACAGAUGAACAAUUAGCUAAAUAUGACUUGCCACCAUGGGAGGUAUUGAAUAAAGUGUUCAACUAUUAUUAUAUUUAUAACCAUCCUGGUCAUCAAUUGUUUCCUGGGAAAUCCAUCUUUAUUAAAAAUUUAGCAUUGGUUACCGAUGCUUCUAUUAUUCAUGCAAUAAUUGCAACUACAUGCUUGAUCGUUUCCAAAACGGAACCUUCUCUUGGAUUAGUUGGUGAUGAAUUGUAUUGGUUGAACAAAAUGCAUAAAUAUUGGGAUAAUUUAAAUGAUAUGGGCAUACUAUGCUGUUACAAACUAAUGAGUAAAUGUACCUCAAUCCGAUUCAACGUCAAGAAAAUUAAUGAUCUUAACAUCAAGCUUUGGGAAACCGUCAACAAUAAUCAAUAUGUUGAGAUAUAUAAACAAAAACGAUUUGAAUUUCAAGAGUCAAGAACAACGCCUACAUUUGGAACUAAAAGACAGAAUUUCGAACGUGAAAUGAUUUUAAAAAUCAUUUGGAGUUUUUAUAUUAAUAAUAUCAUCUUGUUGCGGUUUCAUCAAGGUAGACCAUAUUAUAAGUUAUCAUCUAUAUUAGAUGGCUUCAAAUUCGAUUAUGAAAGGGACCUUUAUUCUAAUAAUAUCUUGUUACCUAUGGGGGAUACUGAUUACAUAUCAUUAAAAUUAGUCAAUAACAGAAGUAAUUGGAGUCAAUUAUACGAGAAAAAUACUGUACCAUCAGAUAGUACGAGUUUAAUAUUGGCAGCUAAAUCAUUUGAACAUUCUUUAUCAAAGUUAUCCAACGAGGAUUUAAAGUUGAAGGAUUUGAUUCAACCGGAACAAUCUACAAUUGAAUUCAAAAAGAAAAUCAAAAAUUUGUACAGUAAAGUUUUGGAAGAUAAGAAAUUAGUGGUGAUUAACAUGUCGUACUGGUUUUCGAAUAUUAUAUUAUGCAUGGGUGAUAUUCUUGAGUUUAAUUAUUUCCUACAAGAUGUCAUGGUAUUUAAAAUGUGCAAAUAUGAUUUUAAUGCCAACAAUGAUUCAAACGAUUCUAAUCAUAAUGCUACUAAUGAUCCAUGGGCUACUAGUGGAGUUGGUGUAUUACAAAAUCCAUUAAUCAGUAGUGAGAUUUCAACUCUGGAAGGGCUCACUGAUAAACUCCAAGAAUUAUCUACUGAACAAUGGAAAUGUCUUUUACAAAUAAUUAAAUCCAUUCAUGAAUAUGUCGACUUUCUCAAAUUGGUGCCCCUGUCUGAAUAUGAAAAAGAUUUUUUGGUAGUAGUUGGUCCUACCGCGCUAGAUGAUUAUUCCAAUGACGCGGUCCAGUCAACGAAAACAUUUAGAGAUGUGAUUGAUAAUUCGUCGGAUUGGUGGGAUACUCCUGAACUCCAAUCAACAGUCAAACAAGCAUGGACUAAAAUGCCAGUUUAUGUAUUAUCAUUUACUGCCGGGAUCUUGUCCUUGGCUUAUAGUUUAGCCGUGUUGACGAAAUAUCUCAAGAUUCAUAAAUCGGGCUCAAAUGAACUAGUUGUUGAAUUUAUUGAAAUCAGUCUAAAGAAACAUAUUCCAGAGAUCAAAUUUGAAACCAAGGAAGAUGAAUUGGUUCUUGAAUUAUUUAAUCAAUCAUCUAUAUUGAGUCAAUUAUCUACAUUAUGUGAAUUUGUUAAAUUCAAAUUGAAUUAUAGCAAUGAAGAAAUCAUGACUGCUACCACACAAAGAUUAAACAAACUAAAUCAAAAUCUUGAUGAUAUUCUAGUUAAUAAAGUUUAG